CAACAAGUUUGGAGAGAAUGUAGAGUUUAAUCAAUUCAGAACCUCGCGAUGGAGCCCAACUCACUCAUGUGGGUCGGCUCGCCUUGCGGUUCACACGGACCUUACAUUUUCUACAAGGCUUUUAGGUUUCACCUUCAUAGCAAACCAAGAAUAUUGUCCCUUGGCGACUUUUUCUUCGUGAGAUGUAAGCCAGGGGAUUCCAUUUGUGUAGCAGAACUCCAGCUGCUGUGGGAAGAAAGGACAACCAAACAACUUUUAUCCAGCUCCAAACUUUAUUUUCUCCCUGAAGAUACCCCCCAGGGGAGAACUGUCAACCACGGAGAGGAUGAGAUCAUCGCAGUGUCCGAGAAGGUGAUUGUGCGGUUGGAGGACCUGGUGAAAUGGACGGAGUGGGACUCGUCAGGAUGGACCAAAGGACUGAAGGCCGUGCCCCUCAAGCCCAGUACAGUACUCUGGGAGCAGGGCAAGAAUGGUCAGAGAGAACCCCAUCUGCUUCGGUACCGAGAGUCGACACUCAACAGUGGCCUCAACUUCAAAGAUGUUGUAAAGGAGAAGGCUGAACUUGGUGAGGAAGGAGACCAGAAGCGAGCUGUGGUUCUGAGCUACCCCCAGUACUGCCGGUACCGCUCGGUCCUGGCCCGGCUCCGGGAACGUCCUCCGUCGCUGCUGACCCAGCAGGUGGUUCUGGCGCUGGGAGGCAUCGCCUCGCUCACCAGCAACACGCACAUUUUGUACUGCAGGGAUACCUUUGAACAUCCCACACUGCUGGACAACGAGAGUGUCUGUGAUGAGUUCGCUCCAAACCUGAAGGGGCGGCCACGGAAGAAGAAACCAUCAGUGUCACAGCGACGAGACUCCCUGGGGCAGGGCCACUCUGGGGGCAAGGAGGCUGGCAGCACUGAGGGCAAGGCCUCCACCAAGACAUCAGCGCCAGCCAAGUCUAGGGCCAGCAGUAGCAGCAGCAGCAGCAGCAGCAGCAAGAGGGGCUCGUCCUCAGAGGAGAAGGCCCAGGCCCAGGCCCUGGAGGGAGGGUCAGGAGACGAGUGUCGGGCUGAGGAGCAGACCUUCCUGGUGGCUCUCUACAAAUAUAUGAAGGAGAGGAAGACCCCCAUCGAGAGGAUCCCUUACUUGGGCUUCAAACAGAUCAAUCUGUGGACCAUGUUUCAAGCUGCACAGAAACUGGGAGGGUACGAGCUGAUAACAGCACGCCGACAGUGGAAACAUGUUUACGAUGAGUUGGGUGGAAACCCAGGCAGCACCAGCGCAGCAACCUGUACUCGCAGACACUACGAGAGGCUGAUCCUGCCCUAUGAGAGGUUCACUAAAGGCGAGGAGGAUAAGCCCCUCCCACCAGCCAAGCCCCGCAAGCUCGAGGCGGGCCCCCAGGAAGGGGGCGUGGCCAAGACAAAGGCAGGGUCCACAGUGAAGCGGCCCAAGGAGGAACAAUCCCAGAAAUCCAAGGGUGACAAAGAUGCAGCAGCCAUAGUCCUGGAGCCCUCAGCAUCGCAGGAUUCAGAGGACUCUGAGAAGUCGCAGGAGGAGGAGUCCCAGGUGAAGACAGAACCCCAGUUAGCCCCGCCUUCUCUGCAGGCCAGCGGCGAGGGGCGGACCACCAGCGAUGAAGACGAGGAGCUACAUCUGACAGUGAAGGAGGAGGAGGUGACACACAAUGGGUGUGGCCAGGAAAAGGAUGUGCCAUGCCGCUCGACCCGCUGGGAUUCCGAUUCCCACCAGCCAGCUCUAUCAAUCACAGAGGACGAUGAUGUAUUUCCUGUUGUCACUCCUGAACCGGUCAACCACUCCCACCCAGCCAAGGACAUGUUGCAGAGAGAGCAGGCUGAGCUCGGAGGUUCCUGUACCCAGGGGAAGGAUGAUCAGGAUGGGCUGGAGGACCAGUGCCAUGUUGGUAUGGUUCUGCCUACCUUGAAGCAGAGACCCCACCAGCCCUCCACAGUUUCAGCACCAGAGCCCCCCUCAGAGAGAGCUGAGCUGCCCCCCAGAGAGGACUCCUGUUCCAGCUACAGCCCACACCUUUACCCCCACAGAGCCAACCCUGGCAUCAUGUCCCCACUGGCUAAGAAGAAGCUGCUGUCACAGGUCAGUGGGAGUGGACUGCCCAAUCACAAUCACUACGCUUCUUACGGUCCGCCCCCACCGUUGAUCAGCAAAGCCUUGGCCAAUGGCAGCACAGAGGAGCCAGCUGGGCAGCCAGCCAUGGGCUCGGCGGCGGAUGUGGGGCUUGUUCAUCGUCCGUCAGUGAUCCAGCAUGCCCAGAGCUCCAAACCACGUGGGGGAGAGGAGAGGAGGGAGGGGCUGCAGAGAGACACAGUGGCAGCAGGGGAGACAUACCCCUGCAGUGAUCUACCCAAGCAUCACCCACACCCCUACCCUCACCCCCAGCCUCAACCUCACCCUUACCCUUACCCCCACCCUCAGGCUCAGUCCCAGCCUUACUCCCACCACCACCACCACCACCAUCCCUCAGCUGAACCCUACCUGUUGAGGGAGGAGGAGGACAGGGCUCCAGAGAUGCCCAGGCCAGGCCAGACCCCCAGCUUCCUCACUGACUUCUACUCCUCUCCACACCUCCACAGCCUGUACAGGCAGACUGAGCACCACCUCACCCAGGGACAGGCACAGGGCCACGGGGAGAGGGAGAGGCUGGGCGAGCUGGGGAGGUACCGAGAGGCCUGCUUACCCAGAGAGUGUGAGACCACUCCUGGGUUCCCCCCAACCUCUCAGCCCCACCCCGACUCCACCUCUGCCGCCGUCGCCAUAGGUUAUGGUGCGUGCAUGAGUCAGCAGGACAAGAUGGUUGCCAGUAGCAACGGGGAGAGGACCACAGCCACAUCAGAGGACCAACCCACAGACCUCAGUCUCCCUAAAUUAUCACCCCACAAACAUUCUCACGCCCAAUCCCACACACACACUGUCCCCCACCACCACCACCCACACCAGCAUCCCACAAUGCAUCAGGAGGUGAAGGCCCCCCUUCUAUUCCAGACCAGCAGUCCUCAGGGGUCUGGUGGGGAGUACCACCCCCGUGCAUGCAGGGUGCCCCCCAUGACCAUGACCCCCCCCACCCACACCCCCAGACAGGCACUGGCUGUAGACCCCAAUCCCAGGACCUCAGAGAGGACCUCAGAGAGGACCUCAGAGAGGACCUCAGAGAGGGCCUCCAACGGCCGAGGAGGGGGGAGAGGAGGCGAGGAUGCGAGCCUGGGCGGGGGCUACAAGGUGGACGAGCUGAGAGGGAGCAGUCUCUCCCCCAUCCUGAACGCCAAGGUCAGCCCUCACAACGUGUGCACCGCCCGGCCCCUCAAGAGGAUGCUGGACGAGCUGGAGAACCACGCCCCCGAGAGGAAGAUCCGAGCCGUCACGCCCAUGCACUCCUCCUCCUCGUCCCCCUACUCGUCAGCCACGCCUAAGGAUGGGCCCAGCACGCCCACUCCUCCGCUGAGAAAGGCUCGCUCUCCCGAGCUGGACAGUGACUUGAUGGUGCUGAAACCUGGCGAGCCCGUGCAUACUCACCCCAACGUGCACAUCAGCGGCUUUCUAGAUGGACACAAGUUCCCGCUUCACUCCGCCCCCAUCUUCCCUGGACUUUACCCAGGGGCCUUUGUGUCCCAUGUCCAGGACAUGUGUGAAGGCCUGGGCUCCCCCCUGCCCCACGGUUACCCCCCACACCCCUUGCAGUACUUGAAGAACCAAGCGGUUCUUUCCCCCAUAGUGCCGCCCUUCGCCAUCCAUUCCUUCAUGAUGCAGAGACAACUAUUGGCGCAGGCGGCCACCAGUCCCGCCCACAUGUACCGCCACCCAAUGGGAGCUUCGUAUGGUGAGCUCCUGCAUCAUGGACUGUACCCCAUGUCCGCCCUUAACCCUCAACCAGCUUUCAACCCCCCCCAGCUCUCUUCAGUACACCCCAGCACUAAACUCUCCUAAACAUCACCCUCGCUCACAGACCACCCCAGCUCAAGUCUGCUAGUUCAGUCAUCCACGCUGUUUGUACCCCACACUAUAUUUCAUGAUUAUUCUACUCUGAUAGGCACACACUUAUUUCUCCCAGACAAGCAUAAAGUGACACACAAUUGUAAACAGAGACAGUGGAAGCCAAUGCUUGAUUCUGGGCACAAUCUUAGUUGAUUUGCCACUUGUGUUUACGAUUUGCACAUUUCUUUAUUUUUUACAGAGGUGAUUGUCUUUUGUUUUCAUAGCGCCAUGGUAGGCCUCAGAACGUUAGUACUGCCUGGCCUGGCCUGGCCUGGCCCGGCCCGGCCUGGCCUGGCCUAGAAUGAUCGGGUCUGGUCUGGUCUGAACCACUCUUUUCUGGCCUAGAUCUUCAGACCACACUGCUGGGUGGCCAAAGGAAUGAAUGAAACCUGGUGUGUGACAAAUCAAUGCAAUGUAACAUGCAAUGUUAAAGUCAAUGUCAAUAAAAUGUCUCUCUUUGGAAACACUAUGACAGUACAUAGACACAAAGAGCACUGUAUGGUGACCAGCUGUUAUUACAAUCUACUGUCAGAUGAAAAUGUAUUUCCUAUAAGAUUAAUUAUUUUAUGCAUUAGUUUACUUUCUAUGUCUGGUAGCUAGUUAGCAUAUUUCAUACCCUACCAAGGUUUUAUUAGUGAGUUGAACGCAGCCUUUCUUGGAACCAUGAUGUACUGUAGUUACAUGUAAAUACGAUGAAAGUACUCCUUCAUGCAAGGGAUUUUUUUAGAUUAAAGUAGGUUUUUUACACAUCUCCUGCUCUCUCAAUCUCUUUUUCUCUCGCUCUAUUUCUCUUUCUUUUCUCCCAUCCCUCACCAAGAGCUUGACUCCUUCACAUUCCAUCUCCUCCUUGUGGAAUGUGUUGCAGGGGUAGGGCUGAGGCACUUGUACAUAUGAACAACAGCAACUGUCAUCAUUCUUACCACAGAUCACUCUGUAUCAUAGUCACUGGCUACUGUAAACCCUUAGUGCUCCCAGCUGCAUAUGAGGGAUGGAUGAUGAAGACCAGGAGGAGGAGAAAGGUGUUAUGUCGAGGACUACUUUGGAAUCAGAAAUGGACCAGUUGAAAUCUGUAGUUGUCUGUGAUCCACUUUCAACUCAGAGGACCUUUCAGGAGUUCCGCCGCAGGUUGAAGAAGCGGGACAUGUUAAAGCCGUAGGAGCACUUAGUUAAACACACCAACCAGCCUGCCAGGUCCACUGACUGUUUCAAGGCUGGUUCUGGAUAGUAUGAAACAUUUGAAAGCUGGACUUUGCGAUUACAGCAAUCAGUGAAAAUUCUUUCUUUUUUGUGUAAAUGAUGUUAAGCAUUCAGAAAGUAUGAUUGUCAGCAGAUCGGAUAAGUCUACUGUUUCUCAUUUGCACAAAAGAUUCAGAGGAAAAACCAAGGACCUUAUUGAAUCAGACCUUGGAUCUAGGUUUAUUUGACUGUUCAUAAACAACAUUCAUGUUAGGCAGAUGUCACCCAAUGUUAUUAAUUACAAUAUGAAACAAAACCAAUGAGAUAAUUCCACCAACCUUCAGAACUCUUGACAGCGGGUUUGAUUGAAUAGAGUCGGCUCUAUGGAAGAAAGACAAUAUUAUGUUGCGGUUUUCAAAUGAGCCAGAUCAGAGGUGAGACUGUAAAGAUAAAGUUUGAGAUCAGUGUUGUAUCUUCUCCAGCUCAGUGUUGGAGUCACACUCAAGGUUGCUAUGUAACGUUUUAUAAAAGAGUAAUAAA